AUGGCGCGUCGCUCUGCCCCACCUGGUUCCGGCCCUGCUUACUAUUCCGGCGCACCCAUGCGACGAGGCGCACUUCGCGACCCAAACGAAUCCGGGUUUUCUGCCUUCAUGCGCGAAGAGAUUUGGGCACCCGAGAAACUUCCGGGAAAUUUGAGCAUAUUGACGGGAGUGGCGGUGUUUUUCGGCGGCAUUGCAGCGAUGCGGACGAACGGCUCCCGGCCGUCUAAGCCUUUUUCUAAGGGAAAUUCUGCAAACGCGCCGUCUCCAUCUCGUAAACGCCUUGUGAAGGAUCUUACCCCUCGUUCUCGGACCAAGAGUGCUGGAAAGCUUGUCGUCGCACCGCCUCCGCCGCCUCCUCCGCCGCCGCCUGUGCGCGACCAAGCACCGCACACGGGAGCCGAGGACAAGCUGAAAUCACAUGCGGAGCACAAAGUGCGAGUUAGGCAAGCUAUUGAGCGAAAACGGAGCCGUAAUGCUAAACCUACGGAAACCAACCGAGGUGGGUGGCAUGCUAAGGAACGCAGCUUAGGCGGAUACAAACAAAAAAGUGUCGCAUCUCCUGCCAUCGAUAUCCCUGACUUCGACCAGCCAUGGAGGACUACUAAGGAUCAACUCCAUAAACGGUCAUACAGAGACGACACCUUCGGAAUCAAGAAGGAUGGUGACAGUACUCGCGGCAGCGAUGUGGCGGGCGAUACCAAUGCGUCAAGGAAGCCACACGUGUACAAUCCGUUGAGCGACGAGUUUGAUGUAUCUGCGAAGUCAGAAUCAACGCGAAAUUUGCCCACAGAGUUCACUUCUCCGCCUCUUAUGGAGGGUCUGUUGACAUCCGUGCUGGACGUCUUAGGUCCUCAUGCACGGCCAACUCCUAUCCAAGCGUUGUCGUUGAAACAUGUGGUCAAUCAACCACCCUCUAGCGUAUCUGGUGGCGUGGCGUCAACUCGACCGUCGGAUGAGGAUUCGGGACAGUGGAAACAAUACCUGCUGGCUUCAGAAACGGGUUCAGGCAAGUCUAUCGCAUACCUUCUGCCUAUGCUACAAGACUUGAAGCUCUCCGAGUUACGCCCCAACACGGCAUGUACUGAGGAAGUAGGAUCAAAUUCUCGUCCUAAGAAGAAGUUACCGCUCAAUCCUCGCGCUCUGGUCUUGGCCCCAACACAUGAGUUAGCUCGUCAGCUCUCGAGCUUCUCCAAGGCUCUUCUGCAUGGUAUUAAGCUGCGUGUUUUCUGCGCUUCACAAGCCAACUUGCCUAGCACGCCUAAACGAAGUGCUACUGCAUCUAAAAUGGCCAAGGAAUUUGAGGCACUUGUCAGUACAGAUGCAGAUGACGAUGCGGCAUCCAGUGCUCUCGGGCCGCUGUCGAAGAAGGCCGCAAGGCCGGUUGAUGUGGUAGUGGGUACGUCAUCGAAGAUCCUGUCCCUUAUAAAAGGACGUGGUUGGGACUAUGAGCAACCGAACAUUGAGGAUACAUGGGACAAGGAUGAACAUGGUAGAACAAUAAAGCCGAGGACAUUCACUGUUGGGGAACCACAGAUGGGUCUAGAGAGGGUGGAAUGGGUUGUGGUCGAUGAGGCAGAUGUCCUCUUUGAUCCGGACUUCCAAGAUCAGACAAAGCUGAUUCUUUCAGCCAUUAGCGAAGCUCGCGGCCAGCCCAUCGAAGAAUCUUCGAAUGUAAAGCCCGAGCCAUCCUCGCCCUCUCCCAUUAAUUAUCCGUUCAAUCUGCUACUGAGUACUGCAACAAUUCCCUCUGCCCUUGCCUGGUACCUUGACACGUACCACCCUGCGCUUACCCGUCUCGCAUCUCCAAACCUGCAUCAUCUCCCGUCGACACUGAAAACCGAGUACUCGAGCUGGACUGGCGGGAAUCGCAAUGCGGACAUCGAGCGGCGCUUACGUAGGGUCUGGAUGGAAGAUGCGCUGAAGGGAAAUGAUAAAAAGUCCAAAGUGCUCAUUUUCUGCAACAAGAACACGAAGGUGGAAGAUCUCGGACGUUAUUUGAAAGAGAAAGGUGUCGCCAAUGUGGCGCUGACGAGUUCAGGCGACAUGCGAAAGCGGGGCUCGAAUCACCACCUCGAUGGCUUCCUCCGAGAGCGAGAACGAGAGCGGCCUGCUGUUGUUUCUGACGGCGAAGAAGCCUCAUUGGAUCCUGCGCCAACAUCUGGGUUAGACAGCGAGAAGGCGACUGGUGUUUCCUCAGGUGACGUUAGCGAAGAUCCACAUGUAAUGAUCACGACCUCUCUUCUAUCCCGCGGUCUGGACUUCUCCCCUGAGAUCAAGCAUGUAUUUAUCGUCGACGAGCCACGGAAUAUGGUGGAUUUCCUCCAUCGUGCAGGUCGGUCGGGGCGAGCGGGAGAGCAGGGAAAAGUCAUCGUAUUCGGAAAAACGAAAGGCAGAGGUUCGAGUAAGGCGAAGGAUAUGAGGAAGCGGGUUGGCGCUCUGGUGGCUUGA